AUGACCUCCACACGUGCUAUGGAUGAUGAAGAAAUGAUGGAUACUGGUUUUCAAGAUCAUCCCAGGUCCCGGCAUCGGCCUGCCGGGCCUGGCCAGAGACCAUACAGCAGAGACCUUCAAGCUUGGCCCAGGGAUGUGGACUCGAAUACCUUGCUGGGACAAUUUUCCUUCGCACCAGCAACACAGACGACGGUUGUCACCACCACUACAACUACCACCACAAAGUUCCCACCAUUCCUCAUGCGUCCUCCACAACGUAUGCAAGACUUAGACCUCAAGCAUUACCCUCUUGCGGCUAGCCCCACACCCACCAACCUAAAGAAGAUUCAUUUCGAGAUAGGAGGGAAACAGACGGUCUUUCAGGAGGCUGAAGAUACAACUUUGGCAUUGGAACAGUUGGAAGAAGAACAGCGUAAUCUUCGAAGUUCGAACGGGACUAUCCAAACCGUCGAGACCUUUCAACCUUGGGCCGAUGUACCUAAUGGAGGCUCCGAGAUCACAUCUCUCCAUAGAAGAACUCAAAAACGACCUGCCUCUCCUGAAUCCAUUACCGAUAACGAUGAGAAUGGGGACUUGCCAGGAUCGUCAUUGACAUCAAGUCAUGCAGGUCCUUCGGCAGGGCCUGAAGAUGGACAGGAUCGAGAUAUCUCUCAUCCAUAUUCCCGCUUUCGGGACAUGCAGACUUCGAAUCCAAUAACACCGGAAAGCCUGCCGAAACUUUCAAGAGGAAUUCGUCAACGCAUGGCGAGAGACAAUAUGAAUCCAUUUAGACACUCAACUACACUGCUUCCAUCGCCGAGCAUGGAUCAACAAUCAACCUUUCAAGAACCUCCGUCCAUGACGCCUAAGCCUAGCCAACAGCAUCCGUCAGGGGUGGAAGAUGGACCGAGCAUUGCCACUGAUCGAACGACGCUUAGUCGAAUGAUGCGUAGGGGCUCCUCACAAGAGACUGCAGUUCCUACUCCUCCCAUUGAUGAGGGGACUGAACUUUCUUCGACGAGAUCCAUGAGCAGACGCACGCUGUCCUCCGUACCGGCCAGGCUACACGUUGCAGAAAGUCCAUCUGCCCAGGAUGGAAGUCUUCCUAGUCCGAGUCUUUCGCCAGUCACGGCCGCCGCUACGCUUCAAAAUGCUGGAUACUUCGCCGAUGUUGAUUCUAAUUCUGAAAUUGCUUCACAGCAAGGCAUAGCAGCAGGGGCGACUGCAAUUGAACGACGGUCAUCAAACCCCUUUCGCCGAUCUCAGGCUGUCGAGCGGAUUCCGCAGCACGACUCUCGGCGGCCUGUUCGAUUUGCAACUGGAUCGGUUACAGAUAUUCCGGCCAUGCUCGACUAUUUUGAAGCGAUUCCUGACGAGCUCAAGAGUUAUGUAAUGCACCAAUUGCUUCGUCGCUGCCCCAAGCCAACUCUCCAGAUAGUCGCAGAUGCCGUCAACCCGGCUUUGAAGUGCGAUUUCCUCACGCUUCUGCCGCCCGAGCUGGCUCUUCACGUCUUGAAAUUCCUGGAUGUCAAGACUUUGUGCAAAGCAGCUCAAGUCUCCAAGAAGUGGCGGCAGAUGAUCAACAGCGAUGAAACAGCCUGGAGAGAUCUUUUCGAGGCGGAUGGCUACACUCUACCGGAAGGUGAACUACAACAGGCCAUCAUGGAAGGUUGGGGCUGGCAAGAUCCGUAUGGUCCACAAGGCUAUGAACAAAAUCUCAGCUAUACGAACAACCCGAAGUCCGAGGCCGAGGCCAACCCGUCGUCCCCCUCAACCCCACAGUCCCAGAACCGAUUUAGUGGCAUCCUUCGCCGAUCCAAGCGGAAGGCAGCAACGAUGCUAUCCAGUCGCAAUAAGAUGGUCAAACGCAAGAAUUUCUCACGUGAAGACACGGUUGACGUCGCUUCAGUUGAUUGGAUGAAUCACGUUUCCUCUGCGGAAGGCCCUAAUAACGCCGCGAAUGCCGCAAUUCUGGCCGUGCCGCAUCCCAACGUCGGUUUACCGAACCUGAAAGGACUCCAUCUCUACAAAUCACUUUAUCGAAGACACCAUCUUAUCAGAAGAAACUGGAUGUUCGAAGACACGAAACCCCAGCAUAUCGCCUUCCGUGCUCACGACACACACGUCGUGACUUGUCUCCAAUUUGACACCGACAAGAUCUUGACCGGAAGUGACGACAACAACAUCAAUGUCUACGAAACCAAGACUGGCAUCCUGAGGGCCGUCCUGACUGGCCAUGAGGGAGGAGUUUGGGCUUUGCAAUACGAGGGGAACACUCUCGUGUCUGGCUCAACCGACAGAUCAGUUCGCGUAUGGAAUAUCCAGGAAGGGCGCGAAACCCAUGUCUUCCGUGGACACACUUCAACCGUGCGAUGUCUUCAAAUCGUCAUGCCCGUCAAGGUGGGCGAAAACACAGACGGAAAGCCGAUCAUGAUGCCUAAGCAAGCGCUUAUCAUCACCGGAUCUCGCGAUUCUACGCUCCGCGUUUGGAAACUUCCCCGGCCAGAUGAUCCUGUCUACAUUCAGGCCGAAAAUGACACCGACGUAGAUGACUGUCCUUAUUUCGUCCGAACACUGACCGGUCAUCAACAUUCGGUAAGGGCUAUAGCCGCCCAUGCUGACACUUUAGUGAGCGGGAGUUAUGACUGCACCGUCCGCGUCUGGAAAAUCUCCACUGGUGAGACUAUUUACCGUCUGCAAGGCCACACACAGAAGGUUUACAGCGUUGUUCUCGAUCAUGCGCGCAAUCGUUGCAUAAGUGGUUCAAUGGACAAUAUGGUACGCAUCUGGGAUUUAAACACUGGCUCCCUCAAAUAUUCCUUGGAAGGACAUACAUCUCUCGUUGGGUUGCUCGAUUUGAAUUGCGAUAAACUCGUUUCGGCAGCGGCGGACUCGACCCUGAGGAUCUGGGACCCGGAGAAUGGGCAGUGCAAAGCUACCUUGAGUGCACACACUGGUGCUAUCACCUGCUUCAAACACGACGGUCAGAAAGUGAUCUCGGGAUCGGACAGAACUUUAAAGUUGUGGAAUAUCAAGACUGGCGACUGCAUCAAGGAUCUCUUGUCGGACCUCAGCGGAGUCUGGCAAGUCAAGUUUGAUGAACGUCGGUGUGUUGCUGCCGUCCAGCGAGAUGGAUUGACUUACAUCGAGGUUUUGGAUUACGGCGCAGCUCGCGACGGCAUCCCUGAACAUAACCUCGGUCGACGUAUCGUUGUUGACGCGGACGGCUUUGAAGCAAACGAUGACGGCGGAUAUCUUGACUUGGACGGCACUGCGGAUGCGUGA